GUUUAUGGUCAAGCAGGAUCAGGGAAACAGAGAACAUUCAUGGUGUGGCAAGAGCGCUCAGACGGCUAAGACAAACCAUGUGAGGGAAGUGCUUCUCUCGUGGGUUGCAGUGGCUCUGUGAUAGAUGGUGACGAUGGAUCGGAAGGGCUUUUCACUCUCUCACUACUUCUGAACUGGUUCCCCCUUUUCACACAGGAGUGAUGGAAAUGGUUGGAAAAGUGAACCAGCAGUAGUUGAGACAUUUUGGAAUUAGGUGGGUGAGCCUGUCUCUAACCGAGAUACUACCAGCAGCUCUGUCUCAGUGACCCACUGACUGAGGAGGGGGUCACCAUGAUCUCCACAGCCUUCCGCUGGCUGGUCCUGGUGUCUUUUAUCAUCCUGACCAUUGGUGGAAACGUGCUGGUGUGUCUGGCUGUGGGGCUCAGUCGGCGACUGUGGCGCAUUGCUAACUGCUUUGUGGUGUCGCUGGCAGUGACAGAUCUUCUGCUCGGCCUCCUGGUGAUGCCCUUUUCUGCCACUUCGGAGCUUGGUGGUGGGAAAUGGCCCCUCGGAGGAACCAUUUGUAACAUCUACAUCUCCACAGAUGUCAUGCUGUGCACAGCUUCCAUCCUGACCCUGCUGGCCAUCAGCGUGGACCGAUACCUCGCCAUUUCAGCUCCCCUCAGCUACUCCCAGAGAGUUACCCCUCUGAGGGCGACACUGGGCAUGAUCGCCAUCUGGACCUUGUCACUGGCUGUGUCCUUUGUGCCCAUUCACCUGGGCCUGAACACAGCGGAUUAUAAAGUGCAGCACUUGGACUGGAGCAUUGGAGACGAGGACAAGGAGGGACGCUACUGCCAGUUUGAAUGGAAUAACAACUACGUGUUAAUUUAUGUUUUUGGCUCAUUCUACCUGCCUCUGCUGCUCAUGUGUGGAAUGUAUCUUUGCAUAUUCAGAGUGGCACGAGAACAGGCACGGCGUAUUCGUGCUGCAACUCCUUCAUUUGCACGCACAGCAUCAACCGCAGCCAUCGCCCGGGAGCACAAAGCGACAGUGACCCUGGCAGCUGUACUCGGGGCCUUUGUCAUCUGCUGGUUCCCCUACUUCACCUUCUUCACCUGCAUGGGCAUCAGUGCAAAAACAAACCCCCCUAACACGCUACACUCUGUGGUGCUGUGGCUGGGCUAUUUUAACUCUGCUCUUAACCCCAUCCUGUAUCCAGCCUUCAACAGGGAUUUCCGCAAGUCAUACGGGGAGCUGCUUCGCUGCAGCGGGCUGUCCCGCAGAAAACUGCAGCUCACGCCUGUGUCUGGGCAUAAAAGAUUGACCUUUACUAAUGGACAAAAGCUUCCCCAGCAGUUUGUGAAACACAAAGACACAAUUAAGAAAGACAGUGAGGGGAAGAGCCUCACACUACGUACUUGAGGGGAAGUGGCAUCCCUGAUGAUGAAAUACUAUGCAUCUGUUGGACUGUGGACUGGCAUAAUGAUGUAUAUUAAAACUUUCUCCAACUCUGACAAUAGCACAAUGCCUAAUCAUCCGCAGAAUCAGUUAAAUUCUUAGCAUAAAGUGCCAAAAAUACAAUUUGUGUGACGCUUGUGGCUCGUCCUAGAUAGAAACUCUAUAGUUCAUUGGCUUAUUUCAAAGGCCUGCAUUAUUUUCUUGAUGUUUUCACUACUUGCAAUAAAUGGAUGUAUUUUUUAUGAACUACAAUAGAAGAGUGCUUCACUCAAAACAAAAAAUAGGCAGCAGAGAGUGGAGGAGGAGGAACAGGUUCAGUAAGUUUCCCAGACAACUGCACGGAGUCACCGGUGGUUAAAAGUUUGCUAAUUGUUUAUUUUUUCUUCCCUUUGACCUUGCCAAAGAAAGUGAAUCAGUGACCAGAGCGUGAUUUGAUAUGUACAAUAUGUUUGACUCAACCCAAGCAGGUUGACCUCAGUGGCCUCCUGGAUGGUUUCAACACAUUGACUGCUACUGGAAUGCAGUCAGGUGAUUUAGUGAAGUCUGUCUGACAGGCAAAACUAAAAUCAAUAAACCAACAAUGAUGUCUAAAUCCAUAACAUGAUCAUUUCAACUUUCCUAACUUCAUGUGCAGUAAAUCAACAGUUCAACUACGUCCACAAAACAACAACUGACCGUUGAUGAGGAUCGUAAAUAACGUCUGUUCAGUAAAGAUAACUUUGAAAAAAAAAGCUUAUUGGCAGAUGUGAUACCGACCAAUAAUUAACUGCUUUUUGUUUGUUUUAUGAUAAACAUUUAUUUUUCCUAGGUAGAGUAUUGAAAAAUAAACCUCAGUUUAA